UCAAUGUUGAAACUUAAGACAUCCCAACAAACCAAAAAUUAAGCACCUAAACCUGAAGUAAACUUCAACUUUAUUCUUAGACUUCCAAAAUUGUGAAGAAGGAUGACCAAAAAAAGGCUUCUAUUGAUCUUGAUGAAGAAUAAGAAGAAACCAAUCUCGUUGAAGUUGCAAAAAAACCAGAAAAAAAGUAUCAAUAUCAUUACAUAUCUAGAUAACCCGCUAUAUAGUAAACAACAACUGAUGGUUGGUAGCAAUCAGAUGAUCCUAAAGAUCUUCCAACUAAUGGCAUUGGGAAGAAACCAAAUGCAUCACUCAAAAAGCAAGAUGAGCCUGUCAUAGAAAUUCGUAAUGAAGAGUUCCCUGAUCUUGCUGUUGCUGCUGAUUUACCAAAACAAACUAAAAAAUAGAAGAAUUUACAAAGUUAACCUAAGCAAGACUAAAAACCUUAGCCUACCACCAAUAAUGCAAUGUUAUUCACUAAUUCUUGUUCUAAACCCUAAACCUAAGCAACAUCCAAUAUCUAAACCAAAAAUACUCAAUUAAAUUCUAAUUCAGGACCUCUAACAUUCACUAAUACUAAAAAAUAAGAAAACACUGCUUUAUUCUAAUAACAACAAUAAGAAUAAAUUAAAAAAACUUAAUAAGAAACUUAAGUCUAGCCAUAGCCACAAAUAUAAGAAACAUAAAAAUCUAAUCCACCUCAAAGAUAAAUAAAUAUUACUAGAAACUCAAAUACAGUAUCUACAUAACCAGUCCCUGAAUAAUAGAAAUAAUUGAAAGUUGAAGAAUCGAUUCCCACCUUCAUCAAUUCUAAAGUUAAAGUAUUUAUUCAUUUUUAUUUAAGGGAAAUCCACCAAUAGUUUAAUAAUAAUAAUAGCCAUAAGAAUAAUAAUAAUAAUAAUAAUAAUAAUAAUAGCCAUAAGAAUAAUAACCAUAAAAUGAAGAUGAGGAUAGCGAUGGGUGGGAAACUGUAGAAAAGAAAAGAAAACCUAAAGUAGCAAUGUAGAGAAAUUAAAAAAAGAAUUCAUGAA